AAAUUGACAUUAUAAAUACGUCGUUUACCAUCACUGUAUUUCUUGGUCGAUAAAUUAGUCAUCUUGUUAAUUUAAUUACUGUUUUUCUUUAAUAAUUCUAAAAAAGACAUCAUUUUCAUCGCAAUUUAGUUGUUUAUUAAGUUUAUUGUUAUGGGUGCCGUACUGGGACUAUGUUCCGCAGCGCAGCUGGCAUGCUGUUGCGGCAGUGCUGCCUGCUCUUUGUGCUGCUCGGCUUGUCCCUCGUGCGCCAACUCCACCUCCACUCGCCUUAUGUACACCCUCAUGCUGCUCCUGACCAUGGUGGUGGCCUGUGUCACUCUUGCGCCAGGAUUACAUGACCAAAUGAAAAAGGUACCAUUUUGUGCUAAUUCAACAGCAUUAGUGCCAAGCAAUUUCAAAGUUGAUUGUGAUCAAGCUGUGGGCUAUUUAGCAGUAUAUCGAAUUUGUUUUGCAACAUGUCUCUUCUUCUGUCUAAUGGCAUUGAUUAUGAUUGGUGUGAGAUCUUCUAAGGACCCCAGAGCUGGUAUUCAAAAUGGGUUCUGGGGGAUCAAGUACCUAGUUGUGAUUGGUGGUAUCAUUGGCGCUUUCUUUAUACCAGAGGGAUCAUUUGCUGCUACAUGGAUGGUGUUUGGCAUGAUUGGUGGCUUCUGUUUUAUUGUCAUACAACUAAUAUUGAUCAUUGAUUUUGCUCAUUCAUGGGCAGAAAGAUGGGUCUCAAACUAUGAAGAAACUCAAUCAAAAGGCUGGUACUCGGCGCUGUUGUUGGCUAUGUUAUCUUGCUAUGCGCUGACACUUACUGGUAUUGUUCUACUCUACAUCUUUUAUACCAAGCCGGACGGAUGUGAUUUGUCAAAGUUUUUCAUCUCGUUCAACCUGAUACUAGUGGUGAUCGCAAGUGCUAUCUCAAUCCUACCCUCGGUGCAAGAACACCAGCCACGCUCAGGUCUCCUGCAGUCUGCCGUUGUGUCUCUCUACGUCAUGUACCUCACCUGGUCCGCACUCGCCAACUCCGCUGGUGAAUGUAACGCCAGCUUUACUGGUGACAAACAGGAAACUAUAGAAGAUAUAUAUUGGUCAUCAUUCGACAAGCAAUCCAGCAUCGGGCUUGUAAUAUGGGUGUUCAGCGUUAUAUACUCUAGCAUUCGCACGGCAUCCUCUUGUUCGAAAAUUACGAUGUCCGAACAUAUUCUUGCUAAGGAAGGAAGCGGAGGUGAAGGAGGGCUUAUUGCUAACGAAGAAGGCGAUGGGGGUGAGGCAGGCCGUGACGAGACGAAGGUGUUCGAUAACGAGGGUGAUGACGUCGCUUACUCCUGGACCUUCUUCCAUGUCGUAUUUGCGCUCGCCACUCUGUAUAUCAUGAUGACACUCACCAAUUGGUACAACCCGAGUUCCCAGCUCUCAAAGGAGAAUGCGGCGUCCAUGUGGAUCAAGAUCACAUCGUCGUGGCUCUGCGUGGGCCUCUACGUAUGGACCCUGAUCGCGCCCGCAGUCUUGCCUGAUCGGGACUUCAGUUAAGAUCAACAAUAUUAAGUUCUUCAAAACUUGAGAUUCACACUGUAGUCUACGUAGUUUCUGUUAUAAUCGUGUUAAUGGAUCUCUUAUCUAACAAUCUUAAAGUUGCAUUUUACUUAAUAAAUUAUAAUAAUAAAUAAUCUCGUGUCAAAUUUGUAUCCUUUAGCUAUAAUGUCUAUGUGCAAUGUUGUUUGAUUUUUUAAUUAUCUUCUUAUCAGUAGAAAUCAAAUUGUAAGUCACGUUGUAGAAUCUGGCACUUGUACUUGUAAUAGGCACUUUCUUUCAUCAUAUUUCGUGAAUUUAAAUUAAAUGGCUACUUAAUUUUGCGUAGCGAAGAAACAGUAGUGUCUGGACAUAUAUAUUUAUUACUGUCGAUAGUAGCUUACUAGCAAAAGAUUUCUCUCUGCCAAAUGUUCUUGACAAUUGUUUGUAGUAAAUUUUCUGAAUUUCAAUUUUCUUCACAUUUCCAAACAAUAUAGUGCUUCAAUAAAUUGCCAGCUUUUUGAUGCGUGACCUAACCGAAUUAAACCUAAAGCUUUAAUGUUUGCAACUAUGUAAUCUAUGUAUGACCAACCAGUUGUAAUUAAUAAUCAUAUUUUAUUUCUUUUUAUGUGCUAAGUAAAAUUAUUAGUUUAUAGGGAAA